AAACGUUUCGGACGUUAAUGUUCUUCCAUUUUCACUGUAUGAAUAAAACGCAAAGAAAUGUCUUCUAAAACGCAAUUAAACGAAAAAGAGAAGAGAAUCUACACGCUAAUUGAAGCUAAUUCAGUGGAAGAAAUAAAGCAAUUAUUAAACGAUCAAGAUAUAAAGAUAGAUUGUUUAGAUGAACAAGGAAUGACGCCGUUGCAACAUGCAGCGUUUCGCGGAAAUUACGAAAUGUGUCAAUUACUGCUCGAUCGAGGUGCGGAUGUCAAUGCUAAUUAUCAUAAUUCUGGAUAUUCUACAUUAAUGUUUGCAAGUUUGGCUGGUAAAUUAGAUGUUGUCAGUCUGUUGUUAGAAAAUGGUGCUUCUACCACAACUGUUAAUUCAGUUGGUAGAACGGCUUCUCAAAUGGCAGCUUUUGUAGGAAAUCAUGAUGUGGUCAGCAUCAUCAGCAACUUUAUUCCUAAAGAGCAAAUUGAUUACUACACUAAAAUUCAUGGUCUCGAGACUGAACCUAUGCUACCUCCGCAUCUAGUCAAUCCGUUGUAUAAAUUGGUCAUUCAGACCAAUAUCCAUCCGGUGCGAUUGGUUAUGUAUUUGCAUGAUAAUAUCUCUCUGUUGGAAGAGAGAAAGGCUACUAGAGUUUUGGAAUCCUUAUGCGAAAAAGAAAUGAAGAAAACGGAUACAAAUGAAUUGCUGGCAUUGAAGUUUCAUCAUUUGUCAUUUGUUGUGAGAUACGUUGAAAAAUUUUAUAAAGAGAAACUUAAGGAAGGUAAAGAUAGUCAUCAGAUAUUAGAGCGAUUAAUGAAAAUCUGGUUGAAAGGUAGGGAAGAAGACGGAUUUCUUGUUCAAUUAGAAAAAUUUUUACGUCAGUGUCUUCAGGAAUUUCCUUAUAGAGAAUGUGCACUUUUGCAACAGCUUGUUUGUACUUUGGCACCAGUUAAAAUUGGUGAUGAACCUAGUGCUAUAUCUAUUUUAUUAAAUGCAGUAAGAGGGCAAAAAGGUUGCGAUAAUGAUUCUGUUUGCUUGACUUGUGGUGAGCCAAAGCCUCAAAGACGUUGUUCUGCAUGUAAAAAAGCUUCUUACUGCAAUCAAACCUGCCAAAAACUUCAUUGGAUAACACACAAAAAUUUCUGUAAAAAAUUGGCAGCAGAAUAUGAAAAAGAACAAAAAAUGACUGAAGAAAUGAAAUCAGUAAAGAUAACAGAUAAUGCAGAAAUUAAACCAAAUGGAGAUGAAGGUGAAAAAAUUUCACCAAAAGUGGAUGAUGAUAACUGUAAUGUAACAAAUUGAUAAAAUUUAACUAAAUUUAAAUCCUGUAAAAAAAAAACUAUACUCAUUGUAGAAAUAAAAAAAUAUAAACUUCAAAAGUUAAUAUUUUAAAAAG